AUGAAGCCAGGCUUAGUUUCCCCGAGGGCUGGUUACCACUCGUUUGCCUGCAAUGGCUGUUCGCCAUCUUCCUUGUCAUUUUUGCUUGCUAUUCUCGCCGCCUUUCGCGUUGCACUGUCAUCGACAUCGGUUCAAAUGCAGCAUCUGGACAUGAAUACAGCCUCUCAGCCACCACGAAUAAAGCAAGCAGGCACUGGGGGCAAGCCGAAAAGGCCAGACGACAAGCAACGUGCCUUUCACAGGUCUGCUUUACAUUUGGUUGCCGGGCUUUCUGCAUGCUAUCAACAUCCAUUUCCCCCUCUGACUAAUGUCGUCUUCAGCCAGUGCUCGUGGCUCGGAAGCUGCCGCCUUUUCUUCAUGUUUUUUAUUCAUUUUCUUCAUUUGUUGAGUCCGGCCCGCAUCAUUUCCGGUCUUCGGCUAUUAUUCGAGGUAUGGCAAUUCGACAAGGCCAGAGGCCGAGCCCCGCCAUCUGAUAUGUUAGUGCAGACAGAGAUAAAAUACUGCCGGACAAAGAAUAAAAAUGACCGUCUACAGCAACCUUUGACUAGGCUGGCGAAGGAUUGGCUUUUCUUUGACAGGUUGACAAGAAAAGGCCAUGUAAGUGCUAGAGCAAGCAAUUAUAGGAAAAAGCAGCCAACUGGUGCCUAUGUUCCUUUGAGUGUUUCUCCUGAUCUGCCUUGUUCUGCCGCUUCCGCACGACUUUCGUUGCUGGAACUUCGUCUUUUAAGUAAGUUGCAAAUGGCGUUUCGCAAAGUAUACGUUAUUUUUUAG